AUGAUAAAACUAAGGGAGUAUCGAUUGCUGGUGCUGAAGAGGUUAUUGUCCGCUCACCAAAGGAAGUUCACGAAUUGCUUAGACGUGGAGCUGAGAAGCGUCGUACAGCUACAACCCUUAUGAACAUGACUUCUAGCCGUUCUCAUUCUGUCUUCACUGUUACUGUUAUGAUUCGAGAGCCUGGCUUAGUUAAUGGCGAAGAAUUACUCCGACAAGGAA